UUCCAAACGCCCUGCAAACCUCCAGAGCUGGGGAAAAGAAAUGACAGAAGUCAGUGAAUAAUUCUGCUCUCCUGCCUACCCGACUCCGCCCCGGCCAAGUCAGAGUGCUGAGAGCAGCCAGCCACUGCACUUCCUCUAGGGCAAGCAGAGGGGCUCAAUCUUGACCAGCCCAUUGGGUCCUUUUCUGCACGCUGUGGGCCGGAUAAAGAGAAGUGAGCCGGCUGCAGACGCCAGGGACCUGCUCUCCCAGCUCAAGACAGACUCAUCUCCCCAGCGCGCCUCUCUUGCCCCGGUUGCACCAUGACUUUGUGGAAUGGGGUGCUGCCUUUCUAUCCCCAGCCCCAUCAUGCCGCUGGCUUCAGCGUCCCACUGCUCAUCGUCAUUGCGGUGUUCUUGGCCUUGGGCGCCAGCUUCCUGCUCAUCUUGCCUGGGAUUCGUGGCCACUCGCGCUGGUUCUGGUUGGUGAGAGUUCUUCUCAGUCUGUUCAUAGGAGCCGAAAUUGUGGCUGUGCACUUCAGUGCAGAAUGGUCGGUGGGCAGUGUUAACACCACCACAUCCUACAAGGCCUUCAGUUCAGAGCGAGUCCGAGCUGAUGUCGGUCUGCAUGUGGGCUUGAACGGCAUUAAUAUUACACUCACAGGGACCCCAGUGCUGCAGCUGAAUGAGACCAUAGACUACAACGAGCAGUUCGGCUGGAGGUUUGGGGAGAACUAUGCUGUGGAGUAUGCCGGCGCUCUCCAGAAGGGGCUGCCGGAUCCAGUUCUCUAUUUGGCAGAGAAGUUCACCCCCAGCAGCCCCUGUGGGCUUUACCGCCAGUAUCGCUUGGCGGGACACUACGCUUCAGCCACGCUGUGGGUGGCGUUCUGCAGCUGGCUGCUGUCCAACGCGCUGCUCUCCAUGCCCGCGCCGCUCUACGGGGGCCUGGCGCUCCUCAGCACCGGCUUCUUUGCGCUCUUCUCCGUCCUGGCCUUCGCCAGCAUCUCCAGCGUGGCGCUCUGCCCCUUCCACCUCGGCCCUUCUGCGCUCACCACUCACUAUGGUGUCGCCUUCUGGAUCACCCUGGCCACGGGCAUCCUGUGCCUCCUCCUCGGAGGGGCGGUGGUGGCCCUCCACUACACUUGGCCCAGCGCUCUUCGAAUCUUCUUGGACCACAGCGUCAAAGACUGUGGUGGGCAGGCGAGAAGGGGCUCAUCUUUCGUCCUCAGCAACCCAUCGCACAAACAGUUCAGCCACUUAACAGCCAACACUAAGUUCUGAAGUGGACUCAGCGUCGACUCCUACCCCACCUCGGUCGCCAGCCGGCCGGGAAGAAGUGCCCACCCCACCACCCGGGAAGGUCUCCUAGGGUGACCU